AUGAUUUCACGGCCCGGCAUUCGACACAAUGUUAUCGCCAAUAGCAUGCUCGCCAGUUCCUUCGAGACCUACCGUCUCCUGUCAAAGCCCUUGACAAGAGGGGCCAGCUACAUUCCGGGACCACUGGAGAGCCAGUGGCGGUUAGGACGCCGACGGAUGGGAUUCUCCCUACAGUGUCCUCCUACACCACCACCCUGGGCCUUUAUGGCGCCUCUCGAUCUUUCGAAAUGGAGAUGGGACCCUCCAAAGUCCCUGGCAGAUAUCGUUGCGUCAGAUCUUACUCAUGAGCCUGGCACCAGCCUAUCGUUCCUCGCAAGAUCAAUAAAAGCUUCGCUAGGGCUAGGAGCAUCAUCAACUCAGCAUGUGGUUGAUGACUCGGCGUCGGCCCUGUCAGUUGAGCAACCUCCGCCCAAAGUUCGUCGCUCCAAUCAGGUCUCCAUGUUUCUUGCAGAUGUCGAGCUGUUUCGGACCGCAGCGGCAGAGGUGGACGAGCACAUGAUUAUGCCCCUCACUGAGGAGAUCAGCAACAAGCUCUACUGGUAUAUUCUUCAAGGCGAUCUGGCUCCCGUGGGUCUUGCAAGAGUGGCAGACCACCUCUACACAGCUUUGGACUCACGACUGCGCGCCACGUCUACUAAAGCAACCACGGAAUUGGAUGAGAAAGCGGAUGAAGCGUAUAAUAGCCAACUCCUGUUGAUCACCACCACCAUCAUCCGCGCCUUGUCCAACUCGCGGGUCUAUCCUUUAUCUUCUCUCGGCGCACGGUUCUGGGAUGCCCUGGGUGAACGAUUGGCGAUGCUACCUGCAUGUGAUGAGACUUGCAAUCUCCUUGCCCCUUUCGUCUCCUUGCUGUGUGAUUUGCCACAUAUCAGCCUCACAGUAGGGGUCCAGGAAAGCCGUUUUGAGAGGCAGCUCUUGCGGCUGCUAAAUAAGCAUUUUGUCCUCUGGGCGUGCACGUCAUCGAGAACCGAAGCUGCCCAGGACGAUGCUUUGGACUGGCUUUCGCCCAAGACAUCUCAAAUGCGUCAGGCCCGCGCGCUUGGUGCGGCACUGGAUGUUUUGUUGAACCAUAUAGGCGGGUUGAACGAUACAGGCCGGUACGACCGACACCAUCUUCUCAGCAAAAUCAAUGACACGGUCAAAAGGGUUCUGGUCCGGUCAUCCAGUCUUGCAGAGAAGUGUGGGCUGAGAUAUGCUUGGCUUACUACGCUUGCCCAUGCACGCACAAUUGGAGAGCCCAACUUUGUACAGACUGCCCGCCUUUUCACCAAGGAAGAACCGAGCCUCCCACCAUUGAGUGGAGCUGAACUCGGAUGGCUAUUGCUCGCACAAUGGAAUAGUCGGCAGAUGGUUAGAUCGGACCAGCUCGUUGGUAUAUAUAACUACUAUUAUAGGGAACGGCGCCAGAUUCAAGAUGACGCAGCAGCACUUACGUCUUUUUUGAAGGCUGUUUACCACCACAACAUUCUAUAUACGUCGCCGGACUUGGCUGUGCAGACAUACGCUAUCAACGCAGUACCAAAGUGGGAACGUGAAGAAUGGGGGAUAACCCCAUUAGCCCUUUUCCACGCUUACGGAAGGACUGUCUGGAGGCUGUUAGAUGCACUUGGCCGCGUGGGCGACGUGCUCGUCUCGCUGGAGGCUUAUAUAUGCCCCAGAAAUGGGGGUAUGGUCGGAAAGAAUUUCCUCGAAAUCCUUGCAGAAUCGUCUGGCAUGCGCCACGAGGUCAGAAUCGACAUCGCCGAGCUCUUCAACUUUGAGCUGCGGCAUCCCGAUGCAUACGAGUUCAAUCCCUGCAGCAUUGAGCAUGUUGCAGAGAAGAUCAUCAAGGAUGAAAAGUUGCCACCAGAUACGAUCUGGCGAUGCCUGGGUCUUUACAACUGGGUUGGAGGCAUGCUUGGAUUCAGUGGCGGCUACGCCAAAGACCGCAGUUGCUACAGUCCUAGGCUCUACAAGAUGGCACAAUACAGGAUCAUAACGAAUGCGGCAACCUGGUUCGCCGAGCGACCCGAUCUCAGUUACAGUCAGAAAUAUCGACAUGUGUAUCUUUGCAUCCUCUUCUUGAAGCGGCGAGGGAAGAAGACACUCCCUGCAAGUGCCUUGAAGGCUCUCUACGACGUUGCGGUGGAAGACUUGAAGGCGGGCAGAUGGGGGAGGACGAGAUUACUGCUGCACUUCUGCAGGUUGGUCGGGGAGAUCCAGGGCCCAGAGGCUGAGCGUGAAUGUCGCCUUGCGUUUAGUCUCUGGCGACAGAGGUUGGCUCGGCUCAGAAGUUGA